UUGGCAAUGAAAUAAUUUUCUCUCUCUCUCUUUUUUUUUUAUUUCUCUGCGAAUCUUACCAGAUAAGACGGAAGAUGAAGAGACCGCCCUUCGCUCCACCCCAAGAUGUCUUAAUUGAAGAUCUUCUUUAUAUGAGGAUAGAAUUCAGCCUUUUUCCGGGAGUCCUGAGAUGCCUCGUCCAGUCUAUGGUACCUGUAUGGGGGUGAAGGCUGCUGGGACACACACGGUGAUUCUUCUUUGUUUACUUCUGCGAGGAGAAGCGGUGCCCCACACGAGGUACUCCCAUGCCGGGUUAUGUCCGAACGAUAUGAAUCCCAACCUGUGGGUGGACGCUCAGAGCACCUGUCAGAGAGAGUGCGAAGCCGAUCAGGAAUGUGAAACCUACGAGAAGUGUUGCCCAAAUGUCUGUGGAACAAAGAGCUGCGUGGCAGCCCGAUACAUGGAUGUGAAGGGGAGGAAAGGUCCCGUGGGGAUGCCCAAACAGGCUACUUGUGACCUCUUCAUGUGUGCUCAGCAAGGGUCAGAGUGUGACCUUUGGGACGGACAACCGAUCUGCAAAUGCAAAGAUAGAUGCGAGAAGGAACCGAGUUUCACCUGCGCUUCCGAUGGUCUCACCUACUAUAACAAGUGCUUUAUGGAUGCCGAAGCUUGCUCCAGGGGGAUAACGUUGACCGUAGUCACAUGCAAGUAUCACCUCACCUGGCCACACACUAGCCCUCUGCCAUCAACAGCCGUCCCAACCAUUCCAUCAGCCGAAAUGGUCAUCACCAACGUGCUGCCACCAGCUCUGGUCAACAAACCCACUCACAAGACGGUCAACGUCGGAGACACGGUCAGCUUCCAUUGCGAUGUAACUGGUAAGCCCAAACCGGAAAUAACGUGGGAGAAGGAAGGAAAGGAAAAUGUAGUCAUGCGGCCCAAUCAUGUGGUGGCCAACAUAGUGGUCACCAACAUCGCCCAGCUAGUCAUCUAUAACACACAACUACAAGACACUGGAGUCUAUAUAUGUACGGCCAAAAACAGUGGGGGCAUCCUCAAGAUCAACUUUCCCUUGUCUGUCAAAGAGCAGCCCGCCAAGGAGAAAUCUGGAAACCAAACUUUUUUUCCCACCGAUGAGUGUCUGAAGCCUCCGGACAGUAAGGACUGUGGAGAGGAGCAGACGCGGUGGUACUUCGAUGCCAAGAAAAAUAAUUGUUUUGUGUUCGUGUACGGCAACUGCAACAGCAACCUGAAUCAUUUCGAGACCUACGAGUCGUGUAUGAUAACGUGUAUGAAUGGACCCGUCAAUAUCUGUAACCAUCCUGCCCUCCAAGGUCCGUGCAAAGCCUACGAGCCCCGAUGGGCAUUCAACAAGUUACUCAGUCAGUGCCAGUCGUUCAUUUAUGGCGGGUGUGGCGGCAAUGAAAACAACUUUGAAAGUAAAGAAAUGUGUGAAGAAUCCUGCCCCUUCCCCAAAAACCAAAAGUGCAAAGUCUGUAAGCCCCGGCAGAAGCUGGUGACCAGCCUCUGUAAAAGUGACUUUGCCAUCCUUGGCCGGAUAGUAGAGUUGACCGAUGACCAAGAAUCUGGACAUGCUCUUGUUUCGGUGGAAGAAAUCCUGAAAGAUGAAAAAAUGGGACUGAAAUUUUUGGGAAAGCAACCACUAGAGAUCACUCUUCUCAACAUGGACUGGAGUUGCCCGUGUCCCAACAUCACCUCUGUCAGUGGACAGCUCAUAAUCAUGGGGGACGCACAUAACGGCAUGGCGGUCCUACAGCCGCACAGCUUUGUGGGCAUGUCAAGUGCCCGGCGCGUGCGCAAACUCAGGGAAGUCAUCCACAAUAAAACAUGUGAUCUUCUCAAAGAAAUUUUAGGGCAACCAUGAUGUAUUGAUGAUCAUAGAAGAUGAAUGAUACUUGAAUUAAUGUAUUUUCUGAUAUUACUGAUAUGUCAACUAUGAAUUAAAGAAAAACUGGUCAUAUAUAAAUGUUAUUAUUGUUCUAAUCCUGUUUAAUGGGAGACAGUCAUAUAGUAGUUAUAUUCUUGUAUAUAGGAGCAGUAUUGUAGUAGUUAUAUUCUUGUAUAUAGGAGCUGUAUUAUAGUA